UAUAUAAUGAAUUCAUAAUAAGCAUGACUACGUACUCAUAAUGGAACUAUACAGCAUGGACGAGGCAAGGCAGCCUUUGUCAAGAAAGGUGCCAAUUCCGUCGAGCCAAAUCAAUCCUUAUCGGAUGAUCAUCAUCAUUCGACUUGUGGUUCUUGGUUUCUUCUUCCAUUAUCGAGUCAUGCAUCCCGUGAAUGAUGCAUAUGCAUUAUGGUUUGUAGCUGUGAUAUGUGAGAUUUGGUUUUCUGUUACUUGGAUCCUUGAUCAGCUCCCAAAGUGGCUCCCUAUUGAGAGGGAAACGUAUCUGGACAGGUUGUCCUUGAGGUAUGAGAAGGAAGGCCAACCCUCUCAACUUUCUUCAGUGGACAUAUUUGUGAGUACGGUUGAUCCACUCAAGGAGCCUCCUCUAGUCACUGCAAACACACUUCUCUCCAUUCUUGCAGUGGAUUAUCCAGUGAACAAGGUGUCAUGCUAUGUUUCUGAUGACGGUGCUGCAAUGCUAACCUUUGAGGCAUUAUCAGAAACAUCUGAAUUUGCAAAGAAGUGGGUGCCUUUUUGCAAGAAGUUUGAUAUAGAGCCACGCGCACCUGAGAGGUAUUUUGCUCAGAAGAUGGACUACCUCAAAGACAAUGUUGUUCAUACGUCUUUCAUUAAGGAACGUAGAGCAAUGAAGAGAGACUAUGAAGAGUUUAAAGUCCGAAUUAACUCUUUGGUUUCCAAGGCUCAAAGGGUCCCUGAACAAGGUUGGACGAUGCAGGAUGGGACUCUGUGGCCUGGAAACAAUGUUCGUGAUCACCCUGGAAUGAUUCAGGUUUUUCUUGGCCAAAGUGGGGGACAUGACAUUGAUGGUAACGAAUUACCACAGUUGAUAUAUGUUUCCAGAGAAAAGAGACCAGGGUUUAACCACCACAAAAAGGCUGGGGCAAUGAAUGCUUUGGUCAGAGUUUCUGCCAUGCUCACAAAUGCGCCAUACAUGUUGAACUUGGAUUGUGACCACUACAUCAAUAAUAGUAAGGCUCUUCGAGAGGCAAUGUGUUUUAUGAUGGAUCCAUUGCUAGGAAAUAGGGUAUGCUAUGUUCAAUUCCCACAGAGAUUUGAUGGUAUUGACAGACAUGAUCGAUAUGCCAACCAAAACACUGUAUUCUUCGAUAUUAACAUGAAAGGUUUGGAUGGUAUUCAAGGACCUUUUUAUGUUGGGACUGGUUGUGUUUUCAGAAGGCAGGCUCUUUAUGGUUUUGAUGCUCCAAAAACCAAGAAGUCACCAACCAAGACAUGCAACUGCUUUGGAAAGAGAAAAAAGAAGAAGGCAAUGAAACCAAAGACUGAUACGAAGAAGGAGAUUUCCUUGAUGAGAGUUGAUUUGGAGGGUGUGGAAGAGGAGGACAAUAAUGGGUUGAUUUUAGGUGAGAAUUCAAAUGUGACAUCUGAGCAGAAGUUGGAAAAGAAAUAUGGGCAGUCUCCCGUCUUUGUUGCCUCUACCCUGCAAGAGCAUGGUGGGACACUUACAAGUACUAAUCCUACAUCUCUUCUCAAAGAAGCCAUCCAUGUGAUUAGUUGUGGCUAUGAGAACAAAACAGAUUGGGGAAAACAGGUUGGGUGGAUAUAUGGUUCGGUAACAGAGGACAUACUGACAGGCUUUAAGAUGCACUGCCAUGGGUGGAGAUCCAUAUACUGUAUCCCAGCAAGGCCUGCCUUCAAAGGCUCUGCACCCAUUAAUCUUUCUGAUCGUCUGGACCAAGUCCUCCGCUGGGCUCUAGGCUCAGUCGAGAUAUUCAUGAGCAGGCAUUGUCCUCUUUGGUACGGCUACGGAGGGGGUCUCAAGUGGUUAGAGCGUCUCUCCUAUGUCAAUGCUACUAUAUAUCCAUGGACAUCCAUUCCUUUGUUUGCAUAUUGUACUCUACCCGCUGUGUGCUUGCUCACAGGCAAAUUUAUCAUUCCUGAGCUUAGCAAGGUGGCUAGUAUGUGGUUUCUAUCUCUCUUCCUGUGUAUUUUUGCAACGAGUAUACUAGAGAUGAGGUGGAGUGGAGUUGGCAUUGACGAGUGGUGGAGAAACGAACAGUUUUGGGUGAUAGGAGGGGUUUCAGCGCAUCUGUUCGCAGUGUUCCAAGGGAUGUUGAAGGUUUUAGGUGGUGUUAACACAAGCUUCAAAGUGACAUCCAAAGAGAGUGACCAAGAUUUGUCAGAGCUGUACGAGUUGAAAUGGACGACUUUGCUAAUUCCACCGACGACUCUGCUCAUAAUAAACCUGAUUGGUGUGGUGUGUGGAGUCUCAGUUGCCAUGAACAGUAGUGGUUAUGGAGGAGAGUCAUCAUGGGGGCCUCUGUUUGGUAAGCUGUUUUUUGCUUUCUGGGUCAUUGUUCAUCUCUAUCCUUUCCUCAAGGGUCUACUGGGUCGGCAGAAUAGAACUCCUACAAUCAUAAUUCUCUGGUCUAUAUUGCUUGCUACCAUUUUCUCCUUUUUCUGGCUUCGUAUAGACCCUUUCUUGACCAAAUCUGAUACUCCACUCUUAGAGGAAUGUGGAUUGGACUGUAACUACUAACUACCAACUACCAAUAUUUUACCAUUACAAAAGUUUUAGUUUUUUAUUUUUUCAAGCACGUGAUAUGCAUGUGACUGAAUUUACACUUCAAAUAUAACUAAAAAAACGAAUUGAGUCUUUUUUUUUUUUUUUACUUUACCAUAAGUGAAAUAAUGUGUGGGCAAUAUUGACGAUUACUAAAAUGCAAGAUGUAAAAUGACAAGCAAAAUCCAAAAAAAUGAAAAGCAAAGAUCUUCUUCAAAGAUAAAAGUGUGAUAAGGAAUCUUAAAAAUGAACAAACUCAAAAAUAAUUUGCUCUUCUUAACACAACUCACAAACUAGACUUAUUCAAAUAC